UGUACAAAAGAAAAGCAUGGCACUCUCAUCUGUUCCCCAUGAAACUCUUAGAAUGUUUGAAACCAUGGACAAAAAUGGCGACGGGAAGCUCAGUCUGCAUGAAAUCGAUUGCUUCCUCAGUAAGCUUGGAAUACAUCUAACAGAGGAAGAAUUAAAGUGUAUGGUGAUGGUUGUUUCUCACGGCGAAGAUAGAAGCUUAACAUUUGAUGAAUUUGUUGAGCUCUACCAAUCUGUUAUGGAUGAGAGCAGUUUUAGUACCAGUACCGGUAGUAAUAAGGAAGGUCAGGAUCUAUGUUUAAUGGAGGCAUUCAAAGUUUACGAUUUGAAUGAAGAUGGGUAUAUUUCUUCUUCCGAGCUUCAACGAGUGCUGAGUAAUUUGGGAUUGAUAGAGCAGGGUAGGCAUUAUUUGGAGGAUUGUCAGAGAAUGAUAUGUAGAUUUGAUGAGAACUUGGACGGCCUCAUAGAUUUCUCUGAGUUUAAGAACAUGAUGACCACCAAUCCUGAAGGUAUCCACUUUUGACCUUGUUUGAUAGUUUGGGGAAUAUUCAGGGCUUUUCAGAUUUUGAGAUUUGGAGUGUAUAUAUUGCUUUAUAAGGGCAUGCUAUUAUAUGAAUAAAGCUGUCAACAGCCAGUACAUUAUUUGUCAUCAUAUUUACAGCUUUCGUUUCUAAACAGAUUUGUAAAUCCUAAUAAAAAUACCAUAAUUGAUUGAUAAAACAUCACAGUAAAUGGUUGAAUUGUGAUAAAAAUAGAAGGCAAAAUACAACAAUUCGUACUGCAAAAUUUAGAAUCAGAGUGGCUAAGAAUUUCAUCUAAGAAUUGAGAAAGUUUUCCUAAAAUAACAGAGCCGCUUCUUUUGAGGGGAAUAUAUCAGCCACUAAUUGGCGUGAGGGCUUUCAUAGAGGCCUGAGAUUUAUGAGUGGAGCUGACUUUUCUUGUGGGGUUGUGGGGUACUCAAAUAGCAAUCAAUACAUUGUGUUAUGGAAAU